AUGACAGGUGAUAAAAGGAGCAAGGGUAUUGCUACUGCCCCAAAGAAACAUAAAAAGAGUAGUAGGGCUUUGUGGAAAGAGCCAGGUCCCGCGGUGACUAGAGAUAGAAGUCCGUCGCCGUAUCCACCACCACGGGGCGCUCCAUUACCUCAUCCACCACGCGGGGCUUUAUUACCUUAUCCACCACGGGGCGCUCCAUUACCUUAUGAUCAUUCUAUGAUGAUCGGCAUGGGCUAUACUCAACCGUCUCCGUUCAAUUCUGUGGACCCCCAUGUUUCUCCACGUCAGGGAUUCGCUGAGGCACCUCCCCUUACACCUGGUUAUGAUACCCCGCAGGGCUUCAGUCAAUUGCCUACCGGAUCUCAGCGGGCGACGUCUAGCGGUACUCCAACGGCUACUCCAAGCCCGACUGUAUCACAUCAUUCUUCAGCAUCUACUGCACGGUUUGGGGCAAACGGUCUUCACCAAAGAGGUAGUAGCUCUGAGCCCGACAAUCGUACCACAGAUGAAAACUUACCUGCAGGUGGUGUGGUUGCUCCAGUCUUUGGAGCGUUAUGCUGCCAGUGGGCGCCUGAUCAUCGAGCCUGUGGGAUAUAG